AUGCCCGCUCAACGCCGACAACGUUCCAGCUCCAAAAAUUCCAGUCCUUCUUCAGAGUCCGACUCCGACGAUGUCCUACUCGAUGCCGUCAACAUGAGCAAGGAGGAGAUCAUCACUAUGUUCAAAGAUGCAGCGGAAUGUUUCAGUAACAAUUCAACGUACGCGGAAACAGACUCGCCGAUGAAUAAAAACAAGUUGCACGAUCUCAAAAGUAGCUUGUCAAUCAGCUCAUCUCUAUUUAAGAAGAAAAAGAUCAAAAUUACUUGCCUUCAGGAAGAAAUCACGUCAUACCUUGAAUCCAAAUGUGAAGAAGAGGCUUGCGAGCCCCUAGAAUAUUGGAAAUGGAACUCGAAAAAGUUUCCGAGUCUUUCCAGUAUAGCUCAAACAUACCUGGCAGCCUCGGCUUCCAGCACCCCCUGCGAGCGUGCGUUCUCGGUUGGUCGACAUGUUCAAGAUUACAGCCAAAACCGAAUGAAAUCCACAACCCUCGAGUCAAUCAUUUGUUUACAGAACUGGAUUGACAACGGUGUCAUCAGUAUCUCCAACAGUGAAAAUUUCAAAUAG